AUGGAGGCUGUGCUGGCCUCGCAUCCCACGCUUGUUGCUGCCUCGGCAGCAGCAAGCGUGGCGGCGGCUGUCGCGGCGGCGUGCGUGAACGGCAAGCGGCUGCAUUCGACUGGCAAAGACGUCCCCGCUGUUCCAGAUCGGGCGUGCGCGGAGGUAAACAACGAGGUCCAGCGGUGCGCUGUGCUCCGUAUCGACGGGAUGACCUGCUCAAAUUGCAGCAACGCUGUCACCAAGGUGUUGGAGAGCCUCGAGCAAGUCAGCAGGUGCGAGGUGGAUCUCAUCAACGAGAAGGCCACAGUCUGGUAUUCCUCGUCGGCGAAGUUCACCGCGAAUGAGAUCUGCUCCGAGGUUGAGGACAUCGGCUUCGGCGCCACCGCGAUCUCGGACGCAUUCUCCCAGAGCUGCGCGGUGCUCCGCAUCGAUGGGAUGACCUGCUCUAACUGCAGCAACGCCGUCACAACGGCUCUUGAGAACCUCGAGCAGGUCAGCAGGUGCGAGGUGGACCUCAUCAACGAGAAGGCGACAGUCUGGUAUUACACGUCGGCGGCAUUCACGGUGAAUGAGAUCUGCUCCGCGGUUGAGGACAUCGGAUUCGGCGCUACCACGAUCUCGAACGAAAUUGCCAAAAGCGAGGGCGGCGGCACUGCGCUGCUGCACCUGCUGGAUGCCGAGACCACCGCAGACUCCGCAUCGAUCCUUAGAGCCACUGCGGGUGUCGCAGACGUGAUGGUGGACGGCAGCCUCAUGAAGGUAACCUACGACCCCGAGAAGGUCGGCGCGCGGAAGCUCCUCCAGUCCCUCGGCGCGGGCAAGAGUGGAGCAGGAGUUAAGCUUGCACCGCCGGACUUGGUCGCCGCCAGGUCGAGCGCAGAGUGCCUGCCUGCUGGCCUGCUGACCGCAGUGGCCCUCACCGCCGCGAUCGUCUCCGUGUGCUGGGUGCUGCCGUGUGUCAAGCACUGUAACCGGUUUCUCAACAAGGAGGUCGUUCCCGGCCUCUCGGUCAUGAUGCUACUGCUCUGCGCCCUGGCCACGCCCGUGCAAUUCUACAGCGGGCGGCGCUUCCAUGUCGGGGCCUACCACGCGCUGAAGUCGGGCGUGUGGGAUAUGAAUGUCCUCGUGUCCCUCGGCAGCGGCCUGACCUUCGCCUAUUCCUUCCUGGUGAUCUCCUUCGUUGUCGUGGGCAGCAGGUAUUACAAGUUCCACCACUGCAAGAUCCCCCCUUCGGCCUUCUUCGAGGCCCCUUCGGUGGUCGUGACCUGUAUCCUCGUGGGCAAGACUCUCGAGUCCUGGGCCAAGAGGAACACCUCGCGGUCCCUGCGCGACCUGCUGAAGCUGCAGCCUCCCACGGCCCACCUGCUGACGGCAGGCGGCACCGAGGCCGAGACGGUGCCGGUGGAGCUCCUGGAGCUCGGGGAUACGUUGCAGGUCUUCCCCGGGGAGGCGGCCCCCGCCGACGGCGUGCUUGCCUCCGAGGCGGGCGCGGCCGAGUUCGACGAGUCGCUCCUCACCGGCGAGUCCCGCCCGGUGACGAAGCGGAAGGGGGACUUCAUCAUCGGCGGCUCGAAGUGCGUCAGUGGCAGGGUGGAGCUUCAGGUGCAGCGCCUAGGCAGCCGGACCAUGCUCUCGCAGAUCAUGGGGUUGGUGCAGAAGGCGCAGUUGAACAGGGCAAAUGUGCAGCAGGUCGCGGACGCGAUUGCCCAGCGCUUCGUGCCUUUUGUGGUCGUGCUUGCGAUUCUGACCUGGACUACAUGGUAUACCCUCGUCUACCGUCUCGAGAUGAUCCCCUUGUCGUCCAUUCUGGACGGUCGCAUGAGCCAGUGGCCAGAGCUCGACCGAUUCUUCUUCGUGCUGGAGCACGGCUUGACCGUGUUGCUGGUUGCCUGCCCCUGCGCGCUCGGGCUGGCCACCCCGACGGCCGUCAUGGCCGCGACUGGCGCAGCGGCCAAGCACGGGAUCUUGGUCCGCACCGGCGCUGUGCCCUUGGAGUUGGGCUCGAAGAUCAGCAGCGUGGUCCUGGACAAGACAGGCACCCUCACGUGCGGCCGGCCCCGGGUCACGCAGGUCGCCGCCCGCUGGAGCGCAGGCGGUGCAGCGCAGCCGACGCUGCAGAGGCUCGUGGAGGCGCACCGCCAGGCCACGGGCGCCUCGGCGCGCGCGGCGCAGGAGCGGCCGACGGUGGCAAUGACGUGGCUGCAGGAGCAUGGCAGCGCCCCCCAGGUCGUGCUCCCGCAGACGGACGCUGCGGGGCGGCGUGCGCAGCAGCGCGGGGAGGCGGAGCGCGCGCUGUGGUGGGCCAUCGGCUCCGCGGAGAUGUCCAGCGAGCACCCCGUGGCGAAGGCGCUCGUCGACACGGCCGGCACGGUCUCGAGGGGCCCGCUGACGAAGCCGUGCACGUUUGAGAACAUCACCGGCGUCGGGGUGCGAUGCAUUCUGGCCGGCCUGUCGGUGGACGUUGCUUCCGCGACCAGCGUCCUGGAGCUCUGUAGCGGCGCCCCCGCAGACGCCGGCGCCUCGCUGCGUGAGUGGGUCGCGGCCGUGCGGGCGGGAGGAGCGACGGUCGUGGCCCUCGCGGUGGAGGGCGUGCCGCUCGCGGUCGUGGCCCUGCAGGACGAGUUGGCACCGCACGCGCGCUCGUGCGUGGCGUCGCUGCAGGUGUCCGGGGUGGACGUCUGGAUGUGCAGCGGAGAUCACCGGGUGGCCGCCCGCAGCGUGGCUCGCCAGUGCGGCAUACACGAGUCGCGGGUCGUGGCGGAGGCGCUCCCGUCGGACAAGGUCACGACGGUCGAGAUGCUUCGCGCCCCUGACAAGAAGAGCGGCCGGAGUAGGGUGGUCGCCAUGGUCGGCGACGGCGUGAACGACGCGCCAGCGCUGGCCACCGCCGAUAUCGGCAUCGCUAUCGGGGCAGGGCACGACGUGACCGUCGAGGCCGCCGACAUCGUCCUUGUGCGCUCAGAUCUCCGCGAUCUCGCCGCCUUCUUCAUGCUCGCCCGUGACACUCUCAAGACGAUCAAGUUCAAUUUCUUGUGGGCGUUUAUCUUCAACGUGUGCGCGCUGCCAGUGGCGGCUGGCGCGCUCUGGCCCUGGAGGGUCACGAUGAGCCCCCCCUUGGCCGCGUGCGUGAUGCUCAGCUCGUCGCUUUUCGUAUGCCUCAACUCCCUGUCGCUGAACAACUUCAAGCCGGCGCGCAUCACGUGGGAGGCCUGA